AUGCUACCGCUUCGCUCAGAAACUUUACUGAAUGUGACAACGAAGUUACUCUUUGAGCAUAAACAUUUCGAUGUAAUUAAAUUAUGUCUUAUGAAAUUACCUUACUUCCAUGAUAUAUACGUAACUUUUACCUUUCAUGUUAGUUAUACAUUAUUAUGGCAAAAUUUUGAUGCAUAUCUUACAAUUAUGCCAUUAGUUGAUUGUUAUCCAACUAAUAUGAAUAUAUCGAAUAUAGAAACUUGA